AAAAAAAGAAAAAAGGAAGAAAAAGAAUGGAUAAAGAAAAUGUGUUUACACACGGCAGAGUACUACUCUGCCAUAAGAAGUGUAAACUUCAGUCAUGUGUAGGAAAAUGGACGCACCUGGAGACCGUGAUGUUAGGUGGAAUAAAUCAGACACAUGAGUUUCAGUAUCGCAUGGCUUCUCUUAUAGGAGAAACUCGAGCUGCACAGACGCAGCAGAACAGCUCCGAGGAGGACGCGAGGCGCUCGCGCCGCCUGGUUACUGCCGUGCUGCGCCCCACUUUCUUCGCCACAGGGUCUCACGGGGCCAGGCUGGAGGUGCAGGUAGUCCUCGGGGCGCCCGCGACGCGGCCUGCACAGCUCCGCGGGAACCCGGCCGUCCUCCGUCUCUGCCCCGCGCACCCGGAACACCCUAAUUCCCGGGGGUUUGCUUUGGCUCUCCGUUUAGGUCCUGGUCGCGGCCCCAGGCGGAAACCGCAGGGCAGAGGGGUCUGGCGGAGGAGAGCUGCUCACCCCGCGGGGGAAAGGAAGCAGGGAAGGGAGGAGCCGGGACAGGAACGCAGCCCUGGGGGUCACUCCGGUGACCACCGCCAGCCAGGGCCGCCUCCUGCAGCGGGCCGCAGUGAACGCACCCCGGAUGACUCCGCUGACGGGCACUGUGACCCGUCUCACUCCAGCUCAGGAGCCGCGGGCACGCUGUCGGGCUUUGCAGUCGGCCGUGGCCUCUGCCAGGCUUACCGUGCCGGCUCGGCCGGUCCUCUCCCAGGUGCAACUUGCUGCUUCCUCACCCGUGAGGUGAGCCUUGGUCGGACAGAAUUCCGCCCACGUGUGGGAAGGGGAGCCCCUCAGGGACGCUUGGAAGGUGUAGGUCACACCCGGUAGCCAGGCUGGCCUCAAACUCUUGGUGAUCCUCCUGUUUCA